AGAUCAUUAAAUACAAUACAAAGGCGUAAUUUUUAUUGUGUUUUUUUAACUGGGUGUUCUUUCUCUGUCUGAGUCUCUGGCUGUGAGCGAUUGUGUAUUUGCCUCUGUGGCUGUGUCCGUUUGAGAGAUGGCUUGGAAUAGUAGUGUCAUUGCCUUUCUUGCACUUCUGCUUGUUCUGCAACCUCGGAUUGCUCUAAGCGACCUUUUGUCCCCUCUGCUCUCUCCUGUCUUUGAUAAUAUAUGCAAAGAAGUGGAAUGUGGAAAAGGAACUUGCAAGGGGUCAAGUAAUGGCACUUUCGGGUUUGAAUGUGAAUGUGAGACUGGGUGGAAGCAGACUCGCUCUGAUGAUGACGAUCACUUAAAGUUUCUCCCUUGCGUGGUUCCCAAUUGUACCCUUGAUACCUCCUGCACAAGUGCCCCCUCACCUGUCCAAGAGAAAGAAAGAAGAGCUAAUGCAUCAAUCUUUGAUGCCUGCUACUGGGCCAACUGUGGAGGCGGCUUAUGCAACAAGACAUCAGGUUUCACAUACAGUUGUGAUUGCACCGAGGGUUAUUAUAAUCUUCUAAAUGUUACUGCCUUCCCAUGUUUCAAGCAAUGUGCGAUUGGACUGGAUUGUAAGAACCUUGGGAUUACACUGUCAAACAAAACUACUGCUGUGACUCCAGCAUUAGCUGACGAUGGUAAGAACCAAGCAACUUCAAUUCUACAGGGCAAUUCUCAUUGGUUGAUAAUCCUGAUGAUGUCCAUGGCUAUGGUUUUGUGGAAAUAGGAUGAAUUUUAAGUAUAUGCACAAGGCUCUGGCCCUGUACUAUACUAUUGUUUUUGAUUUUCCAUAGGAGGCCUGGUGCCUGCUCCCAUUAGCCACUGCAUUUCUCUGUAUACUUUCAUGUCUUAUAAAUAAAUUACCACAUGAACUCAGGGAGAGUAGUCCAUUGAAUAGCUAUUACUAGGCACAGGAUUUGAGAGAGAAGAUUGUUUAUGGACCACAUUUCAUGCUCUUGUCAGCCAUUUUCCUUUGUUUGUUUAGCAGAACAUUAUUUGGUGAUUUUCUUUAGCUUUAUUUUUUAUAUAUGUAUAUUUUGAAAGUGACACUAAUAGUGAUUUGUUAUUUUAGAUGUAUUUGGUGUCAUUUUCUUACA